AGAGCUCUCGCUUCAGAGGCAUUCCCUUUACUAGUUAGUAGUUAGUAGUUACAACACAAAAGCUACACCAAAACCGACGCCGGUUGUCCAAGAUUAUUAUGGAUCGUGCGAUGUGCGGCGUUACAUGAUGUAUGUUUCAGUCUAAGAUGAUACAAGUUAUUUGAAAUUCGCCAAAAUUCUGACGAAUAUUACAAAUAUGCAACAAUUCGCUUCGUCCCACGCGGACGCGUGAGCUUUUUGUCGACUCGGAAACUUCUGACCGGAGGAAUAAACAAUGGAACUAGAUAGAAAAGGUUUGGGCAAGAAUUUGAUCUGCGUCGAGUACCCAGGAGUGGUGAAAAAUGUGGACAAAAUGCUCGAAACGUUGGGCGGUAUUCGUAACAUAUCGAACGUUUAUAGCAAGAGAAAUAGACGCCUUGAACUUCGUUUUAGGCCAGAUGAUAUUUAUUGCAAGCCAGCCUGUGGAGACAGGUUCAAUACAAAUGGAGUUCUAUUAAAAAUUAAAGUCCUAAAAUCGAAAAACAGUGAUGAGAUUAAAAUAAAGAAUUGUGAAAUUUUAGGGAGAAUUCAGACAUCAUUCAAAUUUAAAAGUAUAUGUGACUUUCAGUACUUGCCAAUGUUGACAAAUGAAAAAGGCGAAAUGGUAGACAUAACAAGCACCUUGCUUCCAAGCAGAGUUGACGGAGAAAAUCUAAAGGCAUGGCUCGACGCUCCAGCCGAAUACUUCUUACCACCAGCUGUAUUUUCUAGAGUCGACUCACAACAAUCCGGCAGCUCUUAUAUGUAUAGAAAAGACACCAAAGACGGGGAUUCAAAUGUUGCUCCUUUGAUAGGAAGGACGAGGAAAAGAAGAUCUGGGCAUGCUAUAUUUGUUUCUUUUAACAUUGGCACUAUACCGAUUAAGCCUAGAGAGAAAGCACUUAAAUUUUUAGAGGUGAAAUUCUUAAAUGGGCCACAAUUAGAAAAAAUCAAAAAGUGCUUUGAAGAAAGACCUGUUUGGUCCAAACUCGCCCUUAUGUGCGUAACAAAAUUUCAACAUGAUCAAUUGAAGUAUUUACUGCCAGCUGUGGCGUAUUACUUUGUAACAGGACCGUUUCGAGUCAUGUGGGUCAGGUUUGGGUACGAUCCUAGAAAAGAUCCAAAUGCCAGAGUCUACCAGACUUUGGACUAUAGAAUCCGUGCCCCUGCUGGUUUGCUUAGCCUUGUUAAAUCGAAAAGGAGCUACGCAAAUUACCUCUUGCCUACAAAAUCAAGCCACCCAGGUGCAAAGUCUGUCGUUAUAACAAAGGAUCUAAUAACUUCCAAAAAAGACGAGCCAAAUGAUUGCAGCUUAAGACAGGAUUCUUAUCUUUUUAAAACCAAUGUGAUUCCUGCAGCGAGGCAGAUGUUUUACCAGUACUGUGAUAUUAAAGCACCUGAAAUUGAAGUAAUGCUUGGAAGACUGCCGAAAAUAUCACCAAACAUGGCGUGUGAUCCCAAACAUGGUUGGUUGCCACCUGGCUUUGACAUUCAGUGCCGAGACAUAAUAAACGGUUACGUAUUGCAACAGAUGAACAAAGAAACUGCAAUUGCUGAAAGUACUAUGAAAGAAUAUGUCGAUGAUUCUACUGAUGAGGAAACAUCUUGGGUUGAGGACUUUGAAGAGGAAGAAAUUGAUGAUAUUGACUCCACUGAACCAAGCACUAGUGCAAAUUAGUGUUUAUUUUAUUUAUAAUGUGAUUUCUGGGAUGGUUUUUCUUAAGGAAAAGCAUUUCCAAUAGUUCAAAUUCAUCCCAGAUAUAAUUGAUAAUAUUACAUUAUUUUGGGAUUUUAUACAAUCUUCUAUAAAGUUAUUUUAUUUUAAAAAAUUAUAUUGUAACUUCACUAUAAUUAUAUUGCUCACUUAUGCGUUUUUAAAUAAAAAAAAUAUAUGACCCUAAUGUACA